AUGCCAACAGUAUUAUCAAAAUUAAAAGAUUUAGUUAUUUUAAAAUCCAAUUCUAGUUCCAUAUCACAAAUACAAAGAAUAGUAAAAAUAGUAUUAGAAAUAUAUAUUAAUAAUAGAACUGUUCUUGGAAGAUUUUUAUGGAUUUUCGCAGUUUAUAUUUUGUACAUUAGAAGAGGAUCAAAGAAGAAAACCGAUCAUGAUUCAACAACAAAAACAUCGUCAGGUACAAAACCAGGGCCAAAAAGAGUUGCAGUUAAUGCUGCUUUCUUUGCCAGUUUAAAAAAACUAUUAAAAAUUGUAAUUCCUGGGUUAAGAUCCAAAGAAUUCUGGCUUUUAGCUACUCAUUCUGGCUUUUUGGUUUACGUUGCAAUUUUAGAUGGUAGAGUUGUUAAUGCAUUGGUAAGGAAAAAUGCUAAAGAUUUCUUGACUGGAAUUAUAUGGUGGAUGAUAGUCGCAAUACCUGCAACUUAUACUAAUAGCAUGUUGGCAAAAAAUGUAGGAGGAGAAAGUUUAUUUGCAUUAUCACUUAUAGUACAUACAUCAUCAGUAGUGUUGAGACUAUUGACGCCGUCAUUUGGAGAAAUGGUAGCUGAAGAACAAAGACUAGAGGGCGAAUUUCGAUUUACACACUCUAGAUUGAUUGAUAACAAUGAAGAGGUUGCAUUUUAUUCUGGUCAUGUGAUAGAAAAGGCAAUUUUAGAUCGGAAUUAUUUUGCACUUAUUAAACAUAUCAAUAGAAUAUUUCGUAAACGAAUUUUCCAUGGUAUGAUGGAAGAUUUCAUUAUUAAAUAUUUCUGGGGGGCUAUGGGAUUGGUUCUUUGUUCUGUUCCUGUCUUCUUUAAAGUACCUGGAGUGGAAAAGGGUGAUUUAGGAUUUAUCACUAAUCGUAGAUUGUUGAUGAGUUCUUCUGAUGCAUUUGGACGUAUUAUGUACUCGUAUAAAGAAAUCGCCGAGCUUGCAGGAUACACCGCUAGAGUUUCAGAACUUUUAGAUGUAUUUGAAGAUGUUAAAAAUGGAAGGUUUGAAAAGAAAUUAGUAUCAUCAGCUUCAACCGAAGAAAACGCAAGGAUUUUAAGUGGUCGUGGAGAAAUAGUCGAAUCUGAAAAUAUUGAAUUCAAAGAUGUACCAAUUGUAUCGCCAAAUGGUGAUGUUUUACUUAAAUCAUUAAAUUUUUCUAUGAAACCUGGAAUGCAUUUAUUAAUAGUCGGACCAAAUGGUUGUGGGAAAAGUAGUAUGUUUAGAAUAUUAGGUGGUCUAUGGCCAGUUUAUGGCGGAAAUGUUGAUAAACCAAAUUCUAAAGAUAUUUUUUAUAUUCCACAAAGACCCUAUUUGCCAAUGGGUACAUUACGUGAUCAAUAUGCCAUUCUAGAUGAAUGUACAAGUGCUGUUAGUUUAGACAUUGAGAAAAUUAUGUAUGAACAUGCAAAAGAAUUAGGAAUAUCAUUAUUAACUGUUUCUCAUCGACCAUCACUUUGGCAUUACCAUGACCAUAUUUUACAAGUGAGUGGAUAUGUAUUUACAAAAUUAGAUGCAGAACGUAGAUUGGCAUUACAAGAAGAAAAACAAGUAUUAGAACAAAAAUUAGUUGAAGCACCAAAAUUACAAAUUAGAUUGAAUGAAAUAAAAGCAGUGUUAGAAGAAAGAGAUAAUACACCAAAUAGCGCUACAACUACCUCUUAA